AUUUUGGACAAUAAGAAGCGGUAAAAGCAUUUCAUCCAUUAACUUCCGGUUUUAGAAGAAUUUAUUUUGAUGUAAGUGACGUUUGUAUGUGCAAGAAAAAAGUGUAGUGUUUCUUAUUGUCAAUAAAAAUAUUUUUAAAUAUUUUUUGGUAAAGUUUGUGUGGAUUUUUAAAAAUGUCUGUCUUGUAUGACGCAAAAAAUAGACGCUGCAUCCAUUAUUGAGUAGUGUGACACAAGGGAAGCCUAUCAUUUUAGAGUUUUGUUUGAGAAAUGGCUUUAUUUUUGACAACAGAUGAUAUCUAAACAAAAAUAAUCUACUUUAUUUAUUAAAAUGGAAUAUAACACGCAGUUGAAAGAAUUUUAAUGGAAUUUGUUGAAAAUUGAAUGUAUUGAUCAUCAAAUAGGUUAUGUUUCCUACUUUUAUAAGUAUUUUAGAUAUACAAUCAUGGUGGGAAGUCCCAAGCAUUGCUCACUUUUGUUCGUUAUUUCGUUCAGCAUUUAACCUAUUGGAUUUUGAUAUCGAGGAUUUAGAGGAAGCCCUUCUAACAGAUGGAACAGAAGAAACAUCUUGGUUGCAAGAACUUAUAGUGAGACUUCUUAGUGGAUGUCUGCCUAGCAAUGAAAUAUCAACAUUUAACUAUCAGAUGUUCUUGAGGCGUCUCUUUCGUCAAAAAUGCCAAGAACAUGAUAGAUACAACCCCUUCAACACUGACAUAGACUUUCAGUUGCUUCCUUUGCGCACCAAAGUUGACAUACUCCAGUGCCUUUGUGAUUUUCGUUUAGAUGCUGAGGACGUGUUGGACCAAUUGAAAAACUUGGAAGCUGAUAGUUUGAGAGUUGUGCCCUUGGGUUAUGACAGUAACGAUUCAGCUUAUUGGUAUUUCUAUGGUACAAGACUUUAUCGUGAAGACUUCAAAACAAAAAACAACAAGAAAAAGUCUAUAUGGCAGGUUAUUUGUUUUACAGAAGAUGACUGGUUUCAGUUGACAAAAAAGUUUAACCAAAGUAAUUCUAAAGCUGAAAAACAGCUGUACCACACGCUUAGUGAAAAUUUUUUACCAGAGUUGCCUAGACUGUUUAAGGAGAAGGAAAGGCUUGCCAGGAAAAGGUUGUUGGAAAAUCAACCAAGAAGAACUUCAAGUAGGUUAAAAAAGGAUAUUGAAUCUGAAGAAAAAUUACCUCAGAAAGAACCUGUUAACGAGGAAGUGGAGAAACUUAAAAAGGAAAAGGAGAAAAAGGAACUUGAGAGAAAACGCCGAGAGGAGGCAUAUGAAAGAAGAGCAAAACUCAAACAACAGAGUGAAGAUAGCCAGAGUGAAUUGUCAGAAAGUCGGUAUGAAAUGGCUGGAAACAAAUCUAAAAAAUCCAAGCCUAGAACAAGAAAAAACUCUUCUUGUUCAAAUAGUGACAAAGACACGUCGCCAGCGAAAACUUCAAAAAGAAACAAAAAAGGCGUAAAAGAAGAUGAUGAAAUGCCGGCAAAAACAGCAGCAAAACCUACAACUGUAGGACGUCAGACAAACAAUUCACUAUCGGCCGCUACAGGGCAAAUUGUCAUACAGUCCAAUGUUCCAACUACAACAAACAAGAAAAAGUUAAAAACGUCACAAGUUUUCCGUCAAACCGAUGAAGAUCUUCAAACAGGCAUGCAUAAAAUCUUGGAUUUUGUUAAAAAUCACGACGAUGCUUGGCCUUUUGCCGACCCGGUUGAGGAAGAAUACGCUCCCAACUAUUACUCAAUUAUAAGAAAACCCAUGGACCUCCAAAAAAUGGAAGAAAGGUUAGACUCUGGAUUCUACAAGUCUUAUUCGAAGUUUAAAGCGGAUUUUCAACUAAUUGUUAACAACUGUAGACUGUACAAUGGUGCUGAAAAUGAAUAUACUGGUAUGGUAGAUAACUUGUUAAAAGUUUUUGAAUCUGCCACAGACAAAUAUUUGGACCAAAUAUCCUCAUCAGAUGAAGAAAUAGCUGUUGAGUAUUUUGAUACAGAAUCGGAUUCCAAGGGUUCUAAGAAGAAAAAAGUGGAUAGUGAAAGUGAAGUGGUAAAGAAAUCUAAAAGAAAACCGAUGCUUGCGGCGCAAACAAAUAAGAAAAAAGAAAGAUCUUUAUCUGAAGAUUCAAUGUUAAGCAGAAGUUCAUCUUUUGAGACGUUGCAUGAUGUAAUUCCGUUAAAAACCAAAAAAUCCGAAGAAAAGGAAAGCAAGAAAACCACCAAGAAUAGCAAAUCAAAGAAAAACAACUCCGCGCCCAAAAAAGUUGAAAAAGAAAACAAGAAACGAGCGCGGUCGGUUUCCGUGAGUUCAAUGAGUGACAAAGUUGAUCCCUAUGUAUCUUUCGAUGACGACGAAGAAGAUGAGUUUAAACCAACAAAAACAAAAAAGACUCAGGAUAAAAAUAAAAAGCACGGAAAAAAAGGCAGUAAAAAAGAUAAAAACGAAAGCAAGAAAGAUAAAAAUGAGAGCAAGAAAGAUAAAAACGAGAGCAAGAAAGAUAAAACCGAGAGCAAGAAAGACAAAAACGAAAGCAAAAAAGAAAAAAGCGAAAGCAAAAAAUUGUCAAAAGAACCCAAAGAAAAACAUUCGAAAGACAAAGACAGCAGUAGUCCUGUAAAGGAGACUGAAUCUAAGAGCAAAACAAAACACAAAAAUGUUAAAGAAGCUAAACCAGAGAAAAAGACCAAGAAGGAAACCAAAGAAACAGAGAAAAAGUUAAAAGUUUCAAAGAAAAAGGAGGAAAAGGAAAAAAGCAAGAAAGAGAAAAAAGGAAGUCCAAUAAGGAGAAGAAGUUUGAGUAGGAGUCUACCUAGAAGUAAUACCAGCAGUCCGCCUCCUUCAUGGCCACCAUCAAGCCCAGAAAGUCCAGUUUCAAAUGAAAUUUCCCCAAAGAAAUCUCAAAAAAGAAGACGCUCUGAAGAUAUGAACGACAAUAAAGAUAAUUCUAAAUUAAAAAAACAAAAACAAUUUAAACAUCUUUUUGAAGAAGAAAAACCGGUAAAACAUGUGGAUAAAAAACUUAAAAAAGAACAUUCAUCAUGUUUGCCAGUACCCCUUUCGCCAAAACCAAAAGACAAACACAACAAACUGCGGGAAACCAUAGAAAAGCUUAAAGCCAAAAGUGAAAUCUCAAAUAAAAUUAAAACCAGCGAGUACGAUUUUAUUGAUGAACUUCCUAAAGAAGCCAAGGAGAAACCUAAAGAUGACAAAUCAAAACCAAAAGUAAAGGAAAAAUCGAAACCCUGCAAAAAAGAUUUGGAUUUGGAUGACGGAAAUAGCACAAUGGAUAGCUCAGUUUCAGAAAGUAAAAAACCAUUAAAAAAGAAGUCGACAAUUCCUCUACCACCAACGGUAAGCAGUAAUACCAAUGAGUCCAAAAACAUUGAAAUUGAGGCUUUAACAUUGGCCACAGAGCAAACUUUAAAGGACAUAAACAAGUGGUUAGAUGACACGCCCAAGUUUUCAGAAUUUAGUUCUGCAAGUAAUUCUCCAUCUUACACGGGCCUAGACGACUUUGACACUUUAACCACUAAAAUUGAGGAUCCUAAUAAGAGAAAAAUAGACAAACCCCCAGGUGUUGUUAAAAAAGAUGGGAUAUCCAAGGAUGGAAAGAAAAAACCUUUUAGAGAUCCUACUAAAUUAUUCAAUAAAAGAAGAGAAAUACAAAGAACUAUUGAGAGGCUUCAGCCAGGUAAAAGUAAGGGAAAUUUGAUAUCAAAUGCUCCUAAGGUUGAUGAACUGUUUCCAUUGGGUCCUCUCUCAAAAAUUAAAGAUACUAAGAACUCCCUAAUUGUUAAAACGAACACCAAUGCACCCAAACUCAGUCUUGGUUCAGUUCUCGACAGUUUUGGCAAGCAUAAAUUCGUGGAUGACCAAAAGAAAGAAGAAGAAAAGGUAGAAGUAAAAGAGGUUGAAACCACCCCUCCUGUAUUACAAGAUUCCAAUACUAUAGAAGAAAAGGAGAAAAAGGAGGUAAAAAAGCCUAUUGAACCAGUCAAAGAAGAGGUGAUAAACCAAGAUGAUGGCGGCGGGGGGGCUACUCCAAAUCUUAGUGCUUGGUUUAAGGCGUUUGGUGCACCAAAAAUGGCGCCACCACCGCUUAACAAAAAAUGCGAGAUUAAACCUGAUGGUAAAGAGAAUGAAGAAAAGCCGCCGCAAAAAGUGCCCAUUCCGGACCCGUCUCCCAGUUUGGAUAGCCCGGUGCAAGGCGGAAGUUCGAUACCUAGACAAAGGAGAAUCAGCACUGGUAGUAGUAUGAGCGAAAGAUCGUCCUUUAGCCAAGACAUGGACUCUCCCAGAGUUGGUAUUGAUGAAAGGCUAGCAUAUCCUGCGCCUUAUCCCUCCCCAAUGCAUAGAUCACCUUCAGGUCAAUCACCAAUAAUGGCCUCCCCCAGACCGGACGUGUCGCCGAAAUCGGCCGCGUAUCCUCCGUUUAAUGGUCAAAUGCGCGUCGGAUUUUACCAGGACACCGUCUCGACCAAGAGCAGCCCGGACAAAUCGUGCAGUCCCCGAGACAACCCCCAAAGUCCUUAUCCCCAGUAUUCGGAGCACGUGUACUCGCCGAACACCACCCAAAACGCGAGCUACUCCUACGCUAAUUCGCCUUACUACACGCAUCCACCCAACUACUCUAGUACAAACCCCACACCGCCAUACAACACCGAGGCCAGCUCGGCAUCAUACUAUGACACGAGUAAGUCCCUAACGGACCAGUACCAGGCGAAAACAGUACCCAAUUACAGCGCCAACUCGCCCGCGAGCAACAUUUCAUCGCCUGCUUCUCACCCACAACAUUCCCCCAGUCUGCAUUCUCCAAGCGUGCCCUCUCCCAGCGUUCACUCUCCGCACAGUCUGCACAUCGCAAACGUUCAGUCGCCUAGUAUGCAAUCUCAAAACGUGCAAUCGCCCAUCGAUAACACGAACUACCAGCCCGAAGAACCGGUAAAAAUGCCUGAGAAACCCAUGCCGCCGGUUCAAACGCCGGUAUUCCCUGUCAAGAAACGAGCGUACGCAGAAGCUGAACAACAACAACAUAUUUUAAGAUAUCCACAGCAGAGUCAGGAGGAAAUUAUCAACAGGAAUAUUCAGAUGGGCGAGCAGUUAAAUUUAGGAGCCAAUAGUUCAAUGGAUGUUCAAAAAACACAAAUACAACAGGAAAAUGAUCUAUCCAAUAAACAACCACUUGACCUCUAUAAACAAGUCUCUCAACAACAACAGCAGCAGCAGCAGCAGCAGCAACAACAACAACCUGCACCGAUCCAGCAAGCACAAAAACCCAUCCAAACGCAACCGGAGCUUCGAAAUUACCCGAACCCGACUGCCGCCACGAAUCCGUACUACUCUGGCGAGGGCAGCUAUCCACUGAACAUACCUUCGGGCCGAAGCCUGGGCGUCGCUCAGCAGGAGCUGGAGAGAAAGAUCGAUCUGUCCAAUUACACGAACAUGGGCUAUUCCGGUCCGGACGUGAACUUCAGCAGAAACAUUCAGCAGCAGUACGCCCGGCCUCCGGAGUAUACGAGGAGCGCGCUCGGCGUGGGACUGGCCGGAACUGCGCAACAGACAGCCGAGCAGAUUCAAACGUCCCAAGCCAACGAAAUGUUGCGCUACACAAAUCCCAAUGUGCUAACACAGGGUUAUAAGAGUCACGAAACCAGCGCACCGGAAGCUCACACCAAUUACCCCAACUCUCAGUCGCUACAGACGCAGAGGGUGAACGAAUCUGUGGCCGCUUCUCGACUGGCGCCGCCCCAGGAAGCGCCGUCAAACGCCUACAAGUCGGCGGAAGUGACAAUACCAAAACCGACGUACAACGCGCCAUCUAUUGGCGGCAAUAUCGCCAACCUGUCGCAUAUUGUUGACAGGUACAGUAACGACGACAGGAUGCUCAGUGGAUUGCAGUCGUCGACGGGACCAUAUUACUCGGAUAAAGGUUUAAGUCAGUCACACAUGUUUAACAAACCCAUCUCCUCGAACAAUUCGGCGUUGCCGAUGUUCAGCCAAGCGAACAUAUCGUCGAUGCAGUCGCAGUACCAGAACAUGCAGGCGACGUCGGCCGCGUCGAUGUUCAAUCGGCAAAUCAACGAGCUGCAAAACCAGUCGAUGAUCAACUCUGCCGUUGACGUGAAAGCGCAACAAGCGGCCGAAGCAAGAGCCAGCGCCCCUGCUUCGCAAGCCAAAAAGACCAAGAAGCCGAAAUACCGAAAAACCGCAACUCCCACGUUGGCGGAGCAACCGCAGGUGGCUGCAAACCAGGGCUUCCAAUCGUAUGCCGGCCUGAAGAGUCAGGGUGCAUCAUCGAUCGAGCCGGGCGCGAUAUCCUUGAAAACAUCGAGCGUGGUGCCGGGCAGCGCGUUUAACUUCGGCUCGGCUGCGGCGGCUGCUGGCCUCGGCAUCGCUCCCAGUCUCUACGGCGACAAGGACGCCUACCCGAACUUCCUCGACGAUUUCGGCCGAUCGUCGUCGAACUACUACAUGGCGGCGGCGGCCGCAGCUCAUCACCGAACAACGCCCGAGAGCAACGACAAACAGACCAGGGCACAUCACUCGUCGUCAACGGCUCAAGGAGGUGCUUAUCCAUUCCUGGGUGCUCCGCAAGUGCGGCCCGGCUACCCGCCGAUCGGCGGACCGUUCAUAGCGCCCGGAGCACAGGCGCAGCUGAUGGACACCAGCUCGCCCAUCUAUCAGCACUAUCUGCAGGCUGGCGUGCUAAACCACCAGGCCAUGCUCGGCCCGCCGGGCGCGUACCCGCCGCCCGGCUACCACCCCGCGCUCAGCAUGCGCCAACAGUACGACUCGAUGACGCGACCGUCGUGGUUGUAGUCGAGUUUUUCGCUUUCUAAACGGGCCGAGGUGUACAGAAUUUGAAGGUAACCAUUUUUAUUUUGUCUGUAGGGUUGUUUUAUUAUUUUGUAUACGGGUUUAAGGGAACACCAUUGUGAAGAGUCGUGAACAUAUUUUUUUAAUAAAAGGGUUGGCACAGAAAUCCCUCCCUGUAAAGUAUAUUCUUGUUAUUUUUUUCUCCAAUAAAAAAAAGUGUACACAAUUUUUAUGGAAAGUAUUAAAAACAAAAAAAAUCAUAUUCUAUUAAGUAAAUACUAAACUGACAAUAAAAUUUAGCAUAGAAACAUGUUCGUUCUAUAUCAACAAAAAAAUCUCUUCUAAUAUUUC